UGUGCUUCUGUGCCUUUAUGGGUGGAUCCCUGUUUACCUAGCUUGUUGCUGGAUCCUCUGAGAGUUCACCUUUGCCUGCCUUUGUCCUUGCUGUUGGUGCUGCCUCUGCGUUGGAAUGUUGGGCUGUUGUCAGACUGCGGUCCUGGUGCGGUCCAUUGUUGACUCUCAGUUGCCCUUUCUGUGCAUCACCUGCAGCAGCACAACUUCUCUCAAUGGGGAGCCAGGAGGGGUUCAGUCUUCAUCAGUUCCCCAGGACCUCUGAUCAAUCGUGCUGAUUACAGAAUGUAUGUAAGCUAGUUUUGCACAGGAUUAAUCCUCCUUUUUUUUUUAAUAUGGAGAAUACAAUAUAAAAGCCCUGCUUGUAAAUAUGAGGCUCUGUUAAGCAGCGUGAGAGGAAGGACAGCAAAUCACAGCCAGGGGCAUGAAAGGGAGGGUGGGCAGGGCUGAUCUCCAGGCAGCUCUUGCAGCUCUUCUGCCAACUCAUAAGGAGAAGCACUUCAGACUGGAGAGGUCCUGUUUAUGAUGCUUGAACAGCACUGAAAAUGUCCUGCUGCAGGUUUUUCCCCCCCAUCAGUAAAGAAUUCUGUUGGACAGCAUGGAAAAUGGACUAGAGCCGGCAAAAUUUCAUCACAAAUCUUAUUAACUGUUUCCUUGACAGACCAUGUCUAGAUGAUGAGAGAACGAAAGGGGAGUUUCGCCGAAAGUUCUUCAGACAAAAUCCUUUGUGGCCUGGCCAUCUCUGUGGUGUCCUUGUUCCUUCUCUCAGAAACUGCUUCUCUGAAAGAGAAACAACUGGUUUUAUUUGGAAGUACACUAAAAUAUGCUUUCUUGGCUGGCCACAAUGUCACUGAACUGUGCAUGUUUACUGUAUGCAUUGAUCUGAACAAGUCAGAAGAAAGUAUCGGCAGCUGGACAGCAUUUUCUUAUGAUGUCAACAGUUCCUUCAGGCACGAGUUAGCCCUAUUUGCUGAUAACCAUGUCUUGCAAAUGUCCCUUCUGGGCACUCUGGUGGAGUUGGGGGGCGAUUUCUUGGCCAGUAGGAUGCACCAAGUAUGCUGCGUGUGGGAUGGCAAUAAGGACCUUCUUGAGCUUUUCCACAAUGGGAAGAAGAUGAGAACUGUAAUUCUCCAUAAUGUCACCCACAAGUGCCUGAAGCCAAAUGGGACUUUGGUAAUAGGUCAACUCCACAAGAACCAGGAUGGAUACAUAAUUCCACUUACAUCCUUCAGCUUUGUUGGCAUUUUACUCUAUUUUGAAAUGUGGGACCAUGUGCUAGAUCAACAGCAGAUGGACAAGUGUUAUUCUGGGAAUGUCGUUAGCUGGGAGGGCAAUUACUGGUCUUCGAAUGGUGCUAGAAAUGACUCCGCCUGUCACCAACGUUGUGGUUCAUAUAAGUCUACAUCUGUAGCUCCGCCACUCACAAGCAAAGCACCUGAUCCUUCAGUUACAGGCACGGUGGUGGCUACCCAGGACCCCAGUGCAGAUGCCACCACAAUUCCUGUGGGACCUCCUGAGAUGACAACGGUGAAAGCCCUAGUAACAAGCAUCCCUUUGACAGCUAACUCUGAUGCGGAUGAAACUGUCUCUUCUUUAACGACCCCUGCGUCUGCAAUUACGCGCCCUGACAAUGGCCUUCCAUGGAUCUCUCCAGAGAUUGUUCCUUCGCACGAAUCCCCAUUGACAACAACCACCCCCAGUCCUGAUGAAACCAUAUCCAAAGGAAACCCAACAACACCAAAAGCUGAUGAGGCCACAUCUAAGCCUUUUCUGACUACACCGGCGUCUGGCAGAGAUGGAACAACAAGCAAACAGGAGUUGGCUACAUCCUCCUUUGAACCCAGUGGAAUUAUCUCACAGGCUAUCCCAACUCAUCCCACCUGGAGCAUGACAUCCUCUCAAUAUGGUGGGACAAUUCCCAAACACACUGAGACUGUGCCCACUGCUGAACCUACCCGAGUGCCCACCUCUGACCCUACCCCAUCGUCAACCCCCCAAACAACACUACAGCCUGAUGGAACUGUAUCUGUGCCUCAACGUACUGAUAUGAAGCCUACAUCUGAAUCUAAAGCAACAACCCUGUAUAUCAGUGCCAAGACUACAAUGCAGACUUCCUGGCCUACAUCAUUGCCCACAACCAUAAUGCCAGUUUCAGGCACGGCGGUGGCUACCCAGGACCCCAGUGCAGAUGCCACCACAUUUCCUGUGGGACCUCCUGAGAUGACAACGGUGAAAGCCCUAGUAACAAGCAUCCCUUUGACAGCUAACUCUGAUGUGGAUGAAACUGUCUCUUCUUUAACGACCCCUGCAUCUGCAAUUACGCGCCCUGACAAUGGCCUUCCAUGGAUCUCUCCAGAGAUUGUUCCUUCGCACGAAUCCCCAUUGACAACAACCACCCCCAGUCCUGAUGAAAACAUAUCCAAAGGAAACCCAACAACACCAAAAGCUGAUGAGGCCACAUCUAAGCCUUUUCUGACCACACCGGUGUCUGGCAGAGAUGGAACAACACGCAAACAGGAGUUGGCUACAUCCUCCUUUGAACCCAGUGGAAUUAUCUCACAGGCUAUCCCAACUCAUCCCACCUGGAGCAUGACAUCCUCUCAAUAUGGUGGGACAAUUCCCAAACACACUGAGACUGUGCCCACUGCUGAACCUACCCGAGUGCCCACCUCUGACCCUACCCCAUCGUCAACCCCCCAAACAACACUACAGCCUGAUGGAACUGUAUCUGUGCCUCAACGUACUGAUAUGAAGCCUACAUCUGAAUCUAAAGCAACAACCCUGUAUAUCAGUGCCAAGACUACAAUGCAGACUUCCUGGCCUACAUCAUUGCCCACAACCAUAAUGCCAGUUUCAGUGACCUUCUAUAACAUCCAGAUGAACUUCUCAGUGUUCUCUACACACACACACACAGAGGCUACACAGACAAUUGAUUACUAUGAUGCCAGGAAGCUCUCAACAAACUGGCUUAUACAGAUAUUCAGUAAUUCUGAGUUUAUUGUUACAAAUCAUAACAUCAGGAUAAACCAACAAGCCAAUAUCCGACGAAGUGGUGUGCAGAGUAGAGCUGGGAUGGCUGAAAAGCAGGCUUCCCAAAGCUUUUCCUCAAAGUCCAUCAUCAAAGCCACAUCUGACCGACCCAAAGAAGAGAUCAUGGGGAAGCUGCGAGGCACCUUGAGUGGCGUUUAUACUGAGGAGCUGCUGACAAUGGCUGUGGAGCCGAAUGAUGUGCAUGUUGCUUACUUUGAUCCCAAGAUAUGCCCCCAGCGUGAAACCCAGUCACUAUACAAAGGGACCUACAGGUGGCCUGAGACGAUUCCUGCUGAUGUGGCAAAGCUGCCCUGCAACAGAAGCAUAGAAAAGUUUGCAAGCAGAGAGUGUUUGAUUAAUAUUGAGAAGGGAAACUCUUACUGGAGGAGACAAAAUCUGACUGCAUGUCCACUGCUGCAAGACCUACCUUUUAAUAUUAUAGCACUUGAAAAUGUGAACAUUACAGAGGAAAAUGCCGAGGAUGUUGUGGAUCGCAUUUUGUUUCUGUUAAAUGCUUCUAAGUUGAGUAAAGAAGAAAUGAAGGUUCUUGUGACUAAACUCACUGAUAUUGCCAACUGUGAAGAGAUUAGCCAGAGGCUUGCGACGAAAAUGUUACAAAUUAUAGAUAUCUUUAUGACAUGGGGCACUGACAUACAGGACUUGCAACCGGAGGUCAACAGCAUCCUAGAGCUACUGGAUCAAAUAAGUUUCAAGAUGUCCUUCAGUGGGAAAAACGAGUCCAUCAUUCUCCCGAGGUUGGCUUUGGCUCUGAUGCGUCCAGACCCCUUGAAUUUCCAGGGUAUUGCUUUUGGAGUCACAUCCUAUAACUCAAAUAUGACUCCAGAGAUCGAUAUCCGCUCAACACCCUUCAAAACAGCCCUGGCCUCGAUAUUUUUGCCAGAAUUACUGAGUGAUUACUUAGGGGAACAGUCGUUUAAUCCAGAAGAUCACACAACGAUCCAGUUUACUUUCUUUGGCUUUACUUCACUGUUUCAGGACAGCAGCGUGAAGAAUGAAGAUCUGAUCACUUAUGUUGUGGGUGCCAGUGUUGAAAAUGUGUCUGUUCAAAACCUCGACAAGCCAGUGAAUAUAAUUCUGCAACAUAUAAAGCAAAAAGAGGCGGAUGCUUCGGUGCACUGUGUGUUUUGGGACUUUACAAGGAACAAUCACCACGGCGGCUGGAAUAAAACAGGGUGUCAAGUACAACAUACAGAUCCAAAUUACACAAUCUGCAAUUGCGACCACCUGACCCAUUUUGGAGUCUUGUUGGACGUAUCUCGGACAUCUGUGAGCGAUGCAGAUGAUAAGAUUUUAACGUUGGUCUCCUAUGUGGGAUGUGGCCUUUCCUCCAUUUUCCUGGGAUUGGCUCUGGUGGUGUACCUUUCCAUUGACAAGCUCCGUGGGGACUACCCUUCCAAAAUCCUUGUCAACCACUGUUUUGCACUGCUUAUGCUCAACCUCACGUUCCUGCUGAACUCCUGGCUGGCUACCUUCCACAUGCAUGCCCUCUGUGUCACAGUUGCUGUGGUUCUCCACUACUUUCUGCUGGUGACCUUCACCUGGAUGGGCCUGGAAGCCAUCCACAUGUACUAUGCGCUCAUCAAGGUGUUCAACACUUACGUCCCUCGCUACAUGCUUAAAUUUUUUAUUGCUGGCUGGGGAAUUCCCAUGCUGAUCAUCGCUACUGUCCUCGUUAUAAGCAGAGACUUCUAUGGGGCCGGAAGUGGCAGCCCAUUUAAGCUUUUUUGCUGGAUCCAGGACGACCGUGUUUUCUACAUCUCUGUGCUGGCCUACUUCUGCUUAGUGUUCCUGUUGAACAUGGCUACGUUCAUCGCUGUCCUUGUGCAGAUUCACACAAUGAAAGCAAAGCAUCCAGGACAGGUGGAUACCUGGAGCCACAACCUCCUCCAUGACUUGAAGCGCGUGGCCAGCUUGAUGGUCUUGCUCAGCUUAACAUGGGGUUUUGCCUUUUUUGCAUUGGAGCCCUUGAAAAGUUUUUUCACAUACCUCUUUGCCAUUUGCAACACCUUGCAAGGAUUCUUCAUUUUCAUCUUUCACUGUCUCAUGAAGGAGAACGUCAGGAAACAGUGCCAAAUGCACUUCUGUUGGGGAAAGUUCCGACUCAGCUAUUCUGACUGGAGCAGCUCUGCCUCAACUCUGGGAUAUCAUCAGCAGCAUCACUCGCGGAACCUUGAACGGAACCCGUCGCCCAAUUCUCUGAAGUCGAAUUCUCUGAAGUCGCUGAGGUCUUGUGCAACCAGCUCUACAUCUAACGGUUCGGGAAAUUUACCAGGCAUUAGUGUAGACAUCCAUGCUGAAACUGACCAAGUUUCCUGCAGUCCGAGCUGCGAGUCCUUGACUUACCAGGUCAAGCUUCCUCGUGUGAGGAAAAUAUCGUCAAUGGAUGUCGAGCUACAUUAUACUCAGAAAGACAGUUUUUUGCCUUGAGGGCCUGUCUGGUCUUGUGUGGCUCUCUGGCCAUCUGCUCUGUUCUUCUUGGCCUUGACAAAUCAACAGGCACUAAAGGAUCUUCUGUAAACUGCCAUCAUCAGCCUUCUCAAAAUAAUCUGUCAGAAUUGAGCCAAUGCAAUUAAAUAAAUUAGACUUUUAGUGUGGGGUUUAAAAAAGCCUAAGAGUUAAAUGGGUAACACACCUCUGUGGAGUGAAUGACCCAGUAAGACACAAAGAGGUCCCUAGGCUGCCGACUAGGGGCUCAGCCUUGGGGUAACUCGUCUCCUUGCUAAAUGCCAGAAGUUCUUCAUGUGCUUCAGAGAAAACCUUUGCUUUGUUAUGGUCAAGGACUCAGACCUCCACACUGCCCCCCUUGCCCCCGCUAUCGGAAGAGGGGUCCGAUGACACAGGAUCACAGGAGGAGGCUGGGUUCAGGAGCCACCCUGGGAGAGAAACUCUGAAGCCAUCACCCACCAGUGACUCUGUGGAAGGGGGAGCCCGGGGGGUCAGAAGUGCCUCCGUCCUUUGCACCUGGAGAAGUAGUAGCCCUUCCCCCCUUCUCUGACCCAGAGGAAUCAUUACCAGAACCACCGGCAAUUCAGGAGGACCCCUCGUGCCAUGGCAUGUCCAGGAAGAGCAGGAGGCUUUCUAGCCCCACUGGAGCACAUGUGACCUGACCCUAAUCCUAAAUUUUCCUCUGAGGAAAUGAAGCUGGGACAGCCUUCUAUUUACAUUUGCAGCUGGCAAUGGAGCAACGUUCUUUCAGAACUCUGGAUGGUGUUCGGUGCUAGUCCUACUCAGAGUAGAGUCACUAAAAUUAAUUGAACCAACUAAUUUAGGCCUAUUAAUUUCAGUGAGUCUACUCUGAGUAGGACUUAGCUGAAAACCAUCCUCUGCUUUUUAGCUUGCCUCGUCUCUCCUAACCAGCUGCAUCCUUGCGUUGUCCAUGGUCCUGAUCACUUGUAGCCUCUUCUGGGCUCUUGCUGUGCUUGGCCACAAUGGAUCAGGACUCCCUUGAGCAACAGGAAUUUGGGGCUCAGAGAACUUCAGGUCUUAGAUUCGAUAGUGAGAGUGUAGGAGCAAGAGACGUACAGAUGGGUGCAAUGCAAAACCUUCACAGAGGAUGCACGUUGGUGAAUGGGAUGAUUUUGGUGUGAGUUGUCUCAGUCCAAAUCCACCAGUUAACAUCUCAAUUAUAAGACCAGGGCUUUGUUUGUUGCAAAUAUAUGAUUAAAAUA